AUGUCACGCAAUACAAACUCCUUUAUACCAAGAAGACAAAUAUCAGAAAUAGAGGCAAAUUUGGAAAGUUGUAACGAAAAUGUUGCCGACAAUAUAGAAACUUCUGUUGAUGCUAUUGCACAAGAUAAAGUUAAAAGAUCAAAAUGUUCCUUCCAAGGAACCGAUAUAAACUCUGAUAAAGACUCCUCUGACAUUUCACCUAAUUUAUACUCUUCAAUACCAGAUUUGAAAACACAUGAACUUUUGAAACUUAAUGAUUUCAAUGAUAAAUCAAAUGCAUCAGAUUUUACCGGCUAUGACAUUUUAAAAAGAGACUUUGACAAACCCAAAUGUGACAAUAUCCCUGAUUUUUCCAAAAUAAUAUAUCCAAAGCUACCAUACCAUAUUCGAUGGGAAAACUAUGUUUUGAAAAGAAAUGAAAUUUUCCAAGAAUCUUCAAUAGAUCAGCUUAGUAUUAAACGUAGUAAACGUUCAACUUUACGAUUAAGAAAAUAUUACAAACUUCGAAAACUAUGCUCUAAAUUACUCAUUUCGGCUAUUAUAAAUAAUCCAAAUGAUCAAAGAACAACAGCUUUAUUAGCAGCAGCUACCACAUCAACAUCAUCAUCAUCCUCUUCUUCCUCUUCAACAACUUCCAAUACAGUGCCCUCAAUGUCCUUGACGGCCAUUACUAACACAGGAGGCAGUAUAGGUAGUAGUAGUGGUAGUAGUUCUAGUUCCUCUUCUUCUCAAUUAACAUCAUCAAUUUCGUCCUCUUCACAAUCAUCGUCGUCAUCGUCAUCAUCGUCAUCAUCAUCUAACUCUCGAAGUAGUCGGCAAAAUAGUAACAACAACAAUCAAAAUGACCAAUUACCCUCACAACUUUCAUCACGUAUUAUCCAUACACGCAAUGGCGCUUUAUCGGGUGUAAUUGUACAAUUAGAUGGACGCCAUUUAGAUCCGGUUGAAGCGUAUCGUGGUAUACCAUAUGCAUCACCACCUGUCGGCAAUUUAAGAUUUAUGCCUCCUGUUUCGGCAGCCAUGUGGUCAGGCGUCAAAAAGGCAGACAGCAUCUCAAAUAUGACUAAUAACUGGGUUGUUUCAAACUUUAUGAUACAAUAA